AUGAAAACCGACCUGGAACUCGCCUUGGAGUGCAUCGUCAACGUCUACCAUCAGUAUGCCAUGAAGAAACCCAUAGAUGACUACCUGAGCAAGACCGAGUUCUCGGACCUGCUGAAGGAGACCGCCCAGCCCUUCCUCCACAACACGCUGCCGCCUAAAACAACUGUUGAUGACUACAUAAGAAAGCUCUUCACCAAAGCAGACCACAACCGUGACGGUCGCCUGAAGUUCACCGAGUUCCUGACCACCCUGAGUCUCAUAGUCAUUGAAGCCCACAAGAGGUCCCACCAGGGUCACACGAGCCAUGACCAUGGCCAAGACCAUGGUCACGAUCACGGCAACUGA